UCCCCAAAUCAAAUAAACCAUCUUAACUUCCUUCAGCUUCGAUCCCCAUGCAGAAGAGUUCAUCGGCUUCAUCUUUGGGUCCGGGAGGUCUCGAUCUCACCCAAACCUUCUUCAAGCCCAUCCAAAACACCGCUCCACCGUCCCCCACCAAGCGCCAUACCAAGAUCUCCGUCAUUGGCGUUGGGAAUGUCGGUAUGGCCAUAGCCCAGACCAUCCUCACGCAAGACUUGGCUGACGAGAUAGCCCUCGUCGACGCCAAAGCCGAUAAGCUACGCGGCGAAAUGCUAGAUCUCCAGCACGCCGCUGCAUUCCUCCCUCGCACCAAAAUCCACGCAUCCGUUGAUUACUCUGUGACGGUGGGUUCUGAUCUCUGUAUCGUCACUGCCGGAGCCCGUCAGCUCCCGGGCGAGUCUAGGCUCAACCUCUUGCAGAGGAAUGUCGAUCUGUUCACCAGCAUCAUACCUCCCUUGGCAAAAUACUCGCCGAACACGAUUCUCCUGAUUGUCUCUAAUCCGGUGGACAUUUUAACCUACGUGGCGUGGAAACUAUCCAAGUUUCCGUCGAAUCGAGUCAUCGGAUCAGGCACGAACUUGGACUCAUCAAGGUUUCGGUUCCUGAUUGCCGAUCACCUGGACGUCAACGCUCAAGAUGUGCAGGCUUUUAUUGUUGGUGAACACGGUGACAGUUCAGUAGCGUUAUGGUCUAGUAUAAGCGUGGGUGGGGUGCCGGUAUUGAGCUUCCUGGAGAAGGAGCAAAUCAGCUACGAGAAGGAGACCUUAGAGAACAUUCACAAAGCUGUUGCAAACAGCGCAUACGAAGUGAUCAGUCUUAAGGGCUACACUUCUUGGGCAAUUGGAUACUCUGUAGCCAAUUUGGCAAGAUCCAUUCUCAGAGACCAAAGGAAAAUCCACGCCGUUUCAGUCUUUGCUAAGGGCCUCCACGGCAUUGAUGGAGGUGAUGUGUUCCUCAGUUUGCCUGCACAGCUUGGUAGGAGUGGAGUCUUGGGCGUCCCCAACAUUCAUCUCACAGAUGAAGAGGCACAGCAGCUUAGGGACUCUGCUAAAACCCUUCUUGAGAUACAGAACCAGUUGGGUGUCUAAUCAAAUGGGAAACUGCAAAAGAGGAAGGAACUAGGUAAUGCAACGAUCUUCAGAAACAAAUAACUUAAAUUCAUCUUGAAAAUGUAAAAAAUGAUGCGCCAAUGAAACUGAUUCCAAUUCUUCAAGCGCAUCUAGUUCAGUUACUUCGAAUAAAAUAUUUAUGGAUAG